AUGGCGAAGGGCCCGGCAGCGGGACAAGGGUCGUCCCAGCAGAGUACGAAGGUAGAAGAGCCUCUAGUGAUUAUACCUCUGAGGGCGUUGGAAGGUCUUGUUAAGAAACGCCGACUGUCUGAGGUUGGUGGGCGUGAUCAGUUCUUCAAUCACGUGUAUCCCCUGGUUUGGCAGGGCCCUGCUGAGGAGGGUUGGGAGUCGACCGCGGCCGCCAAGAAGAUUCGACGGGUUGAGGUCCCAUAUGCUGCCUUGCCGGAGUCGGUGGUCAGAAGAGGCGACGGCUACUACUGCCAGCUCUGCAAUGCUAAGCUCUUCGAUGUGUGGGCUCAUGUCCAGGGCAGCAAGUAG